UUCGGGCGGCGACUCGCGCUUCUCCGGGCGGCGGCGCUUGGCCAUGUCGUGGCGGGGAAGGGAAUGAGCCGCAGGGCCCCGGGGUCUCGGCUGAGCGGCGGCGGCGGCGGCGGCACCAAGUUCCCGCGGAGCUGGAAUGACUGGCCGGCCAGAACUGAUAGUGCAUCAGCCGACCCAGAUAAUUUAAAAUAUUCUUCAUCCAGAGAUAGGAGCGUGUCUUCUUCCUAUGGACUGCAGCCUUCAAAUUCAGCUGUGGUGUCUCGGCAAAGGCAUGAUGAUACCAGAGUCCACACUGACAUACAGAAUGAUGAAAAGGGUGGCUACAACGUCAAUGGAGGAUCUGGGGAAAAUACUUAUGGUCGGAAGUCGUUGGGGCAAGAGCUGAGGGUCAACAAUGUGACCAGCCCUGAGUUCACCAGUGUCCAGCAUGGCAGUCGUUCGCUAGCCAUCAAAGACAUGAGGAAAUCACAGGAGCGAUCGAUGUCUUACUCUGAUGAGUCUCGACUGUCGAAUCUUCUUCGGAGGAUCACCCGGGAAGAUGACAGAGACCGGAGACUGGCUACAGUAAAGCAGUUGAAAGAAUUCAUUCAGCAACCAGAAAACAAACUGGUCCUAGUCAAACAGUUGGAUAAUAUAUUGGCUGCUGUACAUGAUGUGCUUAAUGAAAGCAGCAAAUUGCUUCAGGAGUUGAGACAGGAGGGAGCAUGCUGUCUGGGCCUUCUUUGCGCUUCUCUCAGCUAUGAGGCCGAAAAGAUCUUCAAAUGGAUUUUUAGCAAAUUUAGCUCAUCUGCAAAAGAUGAAGUUAAACUUCUCUACUUAUGUGCCACCUACAAAGCGUUAGAGACUGUAGGAGAAAAGAAAGCCUUUUCAUCUGUAAUGCAGCUUGUAAUGGCCAGCCUGCAGUCCAUUCUUGAAAAUGUGGAUACACCAGAAUUACUUUGCAAAUGUGUUAAAUGUAUUCUUCUGGUGGCUCGAUGCUACCCUCACAUUUUCAGCACUAAUUUUAGGGACACAGUUGACAUCUUAGUUGGAUGGCACAUAGAUCAUACUCAGAAACCUUCACUCACCCAACAGGUAUCUGGGUGGUUGCAGAGUUUGGAGCCAUUUUGGGUAGCUGAUCUGGCAUUUUCUACCACUCUUCUUGGUCAGUUUCUUGAGGACAUGGAGGCUUAUGCUGAGGACCUCAGUCAUGUAGCCUCUGGGGAAUCUGUGGAUGAAGAUGUCCCUCCUCCCUCAGUGUCACUGCCUAAGUUGGCUGCACUUCUCCGGGUGUUCAGUACUGUGGUGAGGAGCAUCGGGGAGCGCUUCAGCCCCAUUCGGGGUCCUCCAAUAACUGAGGCCUAUGUAACAGAUGUUCUGUACAGAGUAAUGAGAUGUGUGACGGCUGCAAACCAAGUGUUUUUUUCUGAGGCUGUGUUGACAGCUGCCAAUGAGUGUGUCGGUGUUUUGCUCAGUAGCUUGGACCCUAGCAUGACCAUACAUUGUGACAUGGUCAUUACUUAUGGAUUAGAUCAGCUGGAGAAUUGUCAGACUUGUGGUACAGAUUAUAUCAUCUCCGUCUUGAAUUUACUCACAUUGAUUGUUGAACAAAUAAAUACAAAGCUGCCAUCGUCAUUUGUAGAAAAACUGUUUAUACCAUCAUCUAAACUGCUCUUUUUACGUUACCAUAAAGAAAAAGAGGUCGUUGCUGUGGCCCAUGCUGUCUAUCAGGCAGUGCUGGGCUUGAAGAACAUCCCUGUGCUGGAGACAGCUUACAAGCUGAUUCUGGGGGAGAUGACCUGUGCUCUGAACACACUGCUGCACAGCCUCCAGUUGCCUGAGGCCUGCUCUGAGAUCCGACACGAGGCCUUCCAGAGUCAUGUGUUCAAUGUCGACAAUGCAAAGUUCAUAGUGAUAUUUGACCUCAGUGCCCUGACCACAAUUGGGAAUGCCAAAAACUCACUCAUUGGGAUGUGGGCACUGUCUCCGACGGUCUUUGCACUUCUGAGUAAGAACCUAAUGAUUGUGCACAGUGACCUAGCCGUACACUUCCCUGCCAUUCAGUAUGCUGUGCUCUACACGCUGUAUUCUCAUUGUACCAGGCAUGAUCAUUUUAUAUCUAGUAGUCUUAGUUCUUCAUCACCAUCUUUGUUUGAUGGAGCCGUGAUAAGUACUGUAACUACAGCUACCAAAAAGCAUUUUUCAAUCAUACUAAAUCUUCUGGGAAUAUUGCUUAAGAAAGAUAAUUUAAACCAGGACACAAGGAAACUAUUAAUGACUUGGGCUUUGGAAGUUGCUGUGUUAAUGAAGAAAUCUGAGACAUAUGCACCUUUAUUCUCUCUUCCAUCUUUCCAUAAAUUUUGCAAAGGCCUUUUAGCCAACACUCUUGUUGAAGAUGGAAAUAUCUGUCUGCAGGCGUGCAGCAGUUUGCAUGCUUUAUCCUCGUCCUUACCAGUCGAUCUGCUUCAGAGAUGUGUUGAUGUUUGCCGUGUUCAACUAGUUCAUAGUGGAACUCGUAUCCGGCAAGCGUUCGGGAAGCUGUUGAAGUCCAUUCCUCUGGACGUUGUUCUCAGCAAUAACAAUCACACAGAAAUUCAAGAAAUUUCUUUAGCACUAAGAAGUCAUAUGAGCAAAGCACCAAGUAAUACAUUUCACCCACAAGAUUUCUCAGAUGUAAUUAGUUUCAUUUUAUAUGGAAACUCCCAUAGAACAGGGAAGGACAAUUGGUUAGAAAGACUAUUCUACAGCUGCCAAAGAUUGGAUAAACGUGACCAGUCAACAAUUCCCCGCAAUCUUCUCAAGACAGAUGCUGUCCUUUGGCAGUGGGCAAUUUGGGAAGCAGCACAGUUCACUGUCCUCUCUAAGCUGAGAACCCCACUGGGCAGAGCUCAGGACACCUUUCAGACCAUUGAAGGUAUAAUUCGGAGUCUGGCAGCUCACACAUUAAAUCCUGAUCAGGAUGUCAGUCAGUGGACAACUGCAGACAAUGAUGAAGGCCACAGUAGCAACCAGCUGAGACUUGUUCUUCUUCUGCAGUAUCUGGAAAAUUUGGAGAAGCUCAUGUAUAAUGCAUAUGAGGGAUGUGCGAAUGCACUAACAUCCCCUCCCAAGGUCAUUAGGACUUUUUUCUACACUAAUCGCCAAACUUGUCAGGACUGGCUGACACGGAUCCGACUCUCCAUCAUGAGGGUUGGACUGUUGGCGGGCCAACCUGCUGUCACAGUGAGACACGGUUUUGACUUGCUUACUGAGAUGAAGACAAAUUUAUCUCAGGGGAACGAGUUGGAAGUGACCAUUAUGAUGGUGGUAGAAGCGCUGUGUGAGCUACACUGCCCUGAAGCCAUCCAGGGCCUUGCCAUCUGGUCCUCCUCUGCUGUUGGGAAAAACCUUCUUUGGAUUAAUUCCGUGGCCCAGCAGGCUGAAGGAAGGUUUGAAAAGGCCUCUGUGGAGUACCAGGAGCAUCUCUAUGCCAUGACUGGUGUUGACUGCUGCAUCGCCAGCUUUGACAAGGCUGUUCUCACUUUGGCCAACACUGGGCGGAACAGUGCCAGCCCCAAGCAUUCUCUGAAUGGUGAGUCCAGAAAAACUGUGUUGUCCAAACCAACUGAUUCUUCUCCUGAGGUUAUAAAUUACUUAGGAAAUAAAGCUUGUGAGUGCUACAUCUCAAUUGCUGAUUGGGCUGCAGUCCAGGAGUGGCAGAAUGCCAUCCACGACCUUAAAAAAAGUACCAGCAGUACUUCCCUCAGCCUGAAGGCUGACUGCAACUACAUUAAGUCACUGAGCAGUUUUGAGUCUGGAGAAUUUGUGGAAUGUACUGAGCAAUUAGAAUUGUUACCAGGAGAAAAUAUCAAUCUACUUGCUGGCGGAUCAAAAGAAAAAAUAGAUAUGAAAAAACUGCUUCCUAAUAUGUUAAGUCCAGAUCCCAGGGAACUUCAGAAAUUCAUUGAAGUUCAGUUGCUGAGAAGUUCUGUUUGUUUGGCAACUGCUUUAAACCAUAUUGAUCAAGAUCAGAAGUGGCAGUCUAUAACUGAAAAUGUGGUAAAGUACUUGAAGCAAACCUCUCGCAUAGCUAUUGGACCACUGAGACUCUCCACUUUAACAGUUUCACAGAGUUUGCCAGUUCUCAGCACUCUGCAGCUGUAUUGCUCAUCUGCUUUGGAGAACACAAUUUCUAACAGGCUUUCUACAGAGGAUUGCCUGAUCCCACUCUUCAGUGAAGCUCUGCGUUCAUGUAAACAGCAUGAUGUGAGGCCAUGGAUGCAAGCCCUGAGAUAUACCAUGUAUCAGAGCCAGCUGUUGGAGAAGAUUAAAGAACAAACAGUUCCAGUUAGAAGUCAUCUCAUGGAAUUAGGUUUAACAGCAGCAAAAUUUGCUAGAAAACGGGGAAACGUGUCCCUAGCAACCAGACUUCUGGCACAAUGCAGUGAGGUCCAGCUGGGGAAGACCACCACGGCCCAGGAGUUAGUCCAGCAUUUUAAGAAACUGUCCACUCAAGGUCAAAUGGAUGAAAAAUGGGGGCCUGAACUUGAUAUAGAAAAAACCAAAUUACUAUAUACAGCAGGCCAGUCAACACACGCAAUGGAAAUGCUGAGUUCUUGUGCCAUAUCUUUUUGUAAGUCUGCCAAAGCUGAGUAUGCAGUUGCCAAGUCAAUUCUGACACUGGCUAAGUGGAUCCAGGCAGAGUGGAAAGAAAUUUCAGGACAGUUGAAGCAAGUUUACAGAGCUCAGCAACAGCAGAAUUUUUCAGGGCUUUCGACUUUGUCUAAAAAUAUACUCACUCUAAUAGAACUACCGACUGUGAAUACGAUGGAAGAGGAGUACCCUAGGAUUGAGAGUGAGUCUACAGUACAUAUCGGAGUUGGAGAACCUGACUUCAUUUUGGGCCAGCUGUACCACCUGUCUUCAGUGCAGGCACCCGAAGUAGCCAAAUCUUGGGCAGCGCUGGCCAGUUGGGCAUAUAGGUGGGGCAGAAAGGUGGUUGAUAAUGCGAGCCAGGGAGAAGGUGUUCGUCUGCUGCCUAGAGAAAAAUCUGAAGUUCAAAGUCUGCUCCCAGACACCAUAUCUGAAGAAGAAAGAGAGAGAGUUUAUGGCAUCCUUGGACAGGCAGUGUGUCGGCCCGCGGGGAUUCAGGAUGAAGAUAUGACGCUGCAGAUCACAGAGGGUGAAGAUAAUGAAGAAGAUGACAUGGUUGAUGUUAUCUGGCGUCAGCUAAUAUCAAGCUGCCCCUGGCUUUCAGAACUUGAUGAAACUGCAACUGAGGGGGUUAUUAAAGUCUGGAGGAAAGUGGUGGAUCGCAUCUUUAGCCUGUAUAAAUUGUCAUGCAGUGCCUAUUUCACAUUCCUUAAACUCAAUGCUGGGCAGGUCCCCUUAGAUGAGGAUGACCCUCGACUCCAUUUGAGCCAUCGAGCAGAGCAGAGCACUGAUGAUGUGAUCGUGAUGGCCACACUGCGGUUACUGAGACUGUUGGUGAAACAUGCUGGAGAGCUGAGGCAGUACCUGGAGCAUGGCUUGGAGACAACACCAACUGCGCCCUGGAGAGGAAUUAUUCCACAACUUUUUUCACGCCUAAACCACCCAGAAGUGUAUGUGCGCCAAAGUAUUUGUAACCUCCUCUGCCGUGUGGCUCAGGAUUCCCCUCAUCUCAUACUGUAUCCCGCAAUUGUGGGGACCAUCUCACUUAGCACUGAAUCUCAGGCUUCAGGAAAUAAAUUUUCCUCUGCGAUUCCAACUUUACUUGGUAAUAUUCAAGGAGAAGAAUUGCUUGUUUCUGAAUGUGAGGGAGGGAGUCCUCCUGCUUCUCAGGACAGCAAUAAGGAUGAGCCGAAAAGUGGACUGAAUGAGGAUCAAGCCAUGAUGCAGGAUUGCUACAGCAAAAUUGUGGACAAGCUGUCCUCUGCAAAUCCAACGAUGGUCUUACAGGUGCAGAUGCUGGUGGCUGAGCUGCGCAGGGUUACAGUUCUCUGGGAUGAACUCUGGCUUGGAGUCCUGUUACAGCAGCACAUGUAUGUCUUGAGGCGGAUUCAGCAGCUUGAGGAUGAGGUGAAGAGAGUCCAGAACAACAAUACCUUACGCAAAGAAGAGAAAAUUGCUAUCAUGCGAGAGAAGCACACGGCUUUGAUGAAACCCAUUGUGUUUGCUCUGGAGCAUGUAAGGAGCAUUACAGCAGCCCCUGCAGAAACACCUCAUGAAAAGUGGUUUCAGGAUAACUAUGGAGAUGCAAUUGAAAAUGCCCUUGAAAAACUCAAGACACCAUCAAACCCUGCAAAGCCUGGGAGCAGCUGGAUUCCAUUUAAAGAGAUAAUGCUGAGCUUGCAGCAGAGAGCACAGAAACGGGCAAGUUACAUCUUACGUCUUGAAGAAAUCAGCCCAUGGCUGGCUGCCAUGACCAAUACGGAAAUCGCUCUCCCUGGAGAGGUCUCAGCUCGGGACACGGUUACCAUCCACAGCGUAGGUGGGACCAUCACAAUUCUGCCUACCAAGACCAAGCCAAAGAAGUUGCUCUUUCUGGGCUCAGACGGCAAGAGCUACCCAUACCUUUUCAAAGGACUGGAGGACUUACAUCUAGAUGAGAGAAUAAUGCAGUUCCUGUCCAUCGUAAAUACCAUGUUUGCUACAAUCAAUCGCCAGGAAACACCCCGUUUCCACGCGAGACACUAUUCAGUAACUCCUCUUGGAACAAGAUCAGGAUUAAUUCAGUGGGUAGAUGGAGCCACACCCUUGUUUGGUCUUUACAAGCGAUGGCAACAACGGGAAGCUGCCUUACAAGCACAAAAGGCCCAAGAUUCCUACCAAACUCCUCAAAAUCCUGGAAUCGUACCUCGGCCGAGUGAACUUUAUUACAGUAAGAUUGGCCCUGCUUUGAAAGCUGUUGGACUUAGCCUAGAUGUGUCACGACGAGAUUGGCCCCUUCACGUCAUGAAGGCAGUCCUGGAAGAGUUGAUGGAGGCUACGCCCCCAAAUCUUUUGGCAAAGGAGCUGUGGUCCUCGUGCACCACCCCUGAUGAGUGGUGGAGAGUCACACAGUCCUAUGCCAGAUCAACUGCAGUCAUGUCUAUGGUCGGAUACAUAAUUGGCCUUGGGGACAGACAUCUUGAUAACGUGCUCAUAGAUAUGACCACGGGAGAGGUUGUGCACAUUGAUUACAACGUUUGCUUUGAAAAAGGUAAAAGUCUUAGGGUUCCUGAGAAAGUACCUUUUCGCAUGACACAGAAUAUUGAAACGGCACUGGGCGUGACUGGAGUGGAAGGUGUUUUUAGGCUUUCAUGUGAGCAGGUUUUGCACAUAAUGCGACGUGGCCGAGAGACUUUGCUGACGUUGCUGGAGGCUUUUGUGUAUGACCCCCUAGUGGACUGGACAGCGGGGGGUGAGGCUGGCUUCGCUGGUGCUGUCUAUGGCGGAGGUGGCCAGCAGGCAGAGAGCAAGCAGAGCAAGAGAGAGAUGGAACGCGAGAUCACCCGUAGCCUCUUCUCUUCCAGAGUGGCUGAGAUUAAGGUGAACUGGUUUAAGAAUAGAGAUGAGAUGCUGGUGGUGCUUCCCAAGCUGGACAGCAACUUAGACGAAUACCUCAGCCUACAAGAGCAGCUCACAGGUGUGGAGAGACUGCAGGGCAAGCUGCUGGAAGAAAUCGAGUUUCUUGAAGGAGCUGAAAGAGUGGAUCAUCCUUCUCAUACUCUGCAACACAGGUAUUCUGAGCAUACUCAGCUCCAGACUCAGCAGAGGGCUGUCCAGGAAGCAAUCCAGGUGAAGCUGAAUGAGUUUGAACAGUGGAUAACACAUUAUCAGGCUGCCUUCAACAAUUUAGAAGCCACACAGCUUGCCAGUUUGCUUCAGGAGAUCAGCACACAAAUGGAUCUGGGUCCUCCAAGCUAUGUGCCAGCAACAGCAUUUCUGCAAAAUGCUGGCCAGGCUCAUUUAAUCAGCCAGUGUGAACAGCUUGAGGGUGAGGUGGGCAGUCUUCUGCAGCAGAGGCGCUCUGUGCUUCGUGGCUGUCUGGAACAGCUGCAUCACUAUGCAACCGUGGCCUUGCAGUACCCAAAGGCCAUAUUUCAGAAGCAUCGGAUUGAACAGUGGAAAGCCUGGAUGGAAGAACUCAUCUGUAACACCACUGUGGAUCGUUGUCAAGAACUAUACCGAAAGUAUGAGAUGCAGUAUGCACCUCAGCCCCCGCCAACAGUGUGCCAGUUCAUCACAGCCACCGAGAUGACCCUGCAGCGGUAUGCAGCUGACAUCAACAGCCGGCUAAUCCGGCAGAUGGAACGCUUGAAGCAGGAGGCUGUCACUGUGCCUGUUUGUGAGGAGCAGCUCAAAGAAAUUGAACGGUGCAUUAAAGUUUUCCUUCAUGAAAAUGGAGAAGAAGGGUCCUUGAGUCUUGCGAGUGUUAUAAUUUCUGCCCUCUGUACCCUCACAAGACGGAACCUGAUGAUGGAGGGUGCAGCCUCUAGUGCUGGAGAACAGCUGGUGGACCUGACUUCCCGGGAUGGAGCCUGGUUCCUGGAGGAGCUCUGCAGCAUGAGUGGCAAUGUCACCUGCCUGGUCCAGCUGCUGAAGCAGUGCCACCUGGUACCCCAGGACUUGGAUAUCCCCAACCCUGUGGAAGCGUCAGAGGCUGUCCACUUAGCAAAUGGCGUCUAUAUAUCACUUCAGGAAUUAAAUUCAAAUUUUCGGCAGAUUAUAUUCCCAGAAGCUCUGCGGUGUUUGAUGAAAGGCGAGUCCACAUUGGAGAGCAUGCUCCAUGAGCUGGAUGGGCUGAUUGAGCAGACGGCUGAUGGUGUCCCCCUGCAGACUCUGGUGGAGGCUCUACAAGCCUACCUAAGGAAUGCUGCAAUGGGGCUCGAGGAGGAAACACAUGCACAUUACAUCGAUGUCGCCAGAGUUCUUCAUGCUCAGUAUGGUGAAUUAAUUCAGCCCAGGAAUGGCUCAGUUGAUGAAACACCAAAAAUGUCAGCUGGCCAGAUGCUUUUGGUAGCAUUUGAUGGCAUGUUUGCACAGGUUGAAACUGCUUUUGGCUUACUAGUUGAAAAGUUAAACAAGAUGGAAAUUCCUAUAGCAUGGCGCAAGAUUGACAUUAUAAGGGAGGCCAGGAGUACCCAAGUCAAUUUUUUUGAUGAUGAUAAUCACCGGCAGGUGCUAGAGGAGAUUUUCUUCCUAAAAAGACUCCAGACGAUUAAAGAAUUCUUCAGGCUCUGUGGGACCUUUUCUAAAACAUUGUCAGGAUCAAGCUCACUUGAAGAUCAGAAUACUGUGAAUGGACCUGUACAGAUUGUCAAUGUGAAAACCCUUUUUAGAAACUCUUGCUUCAGUGAAGACCAAAUGGCCAAGCCCAUAAAGGCCUUCACAGCUGACUUUGUGAGGCAGCUUUUGAUUGGACUGCCAAACCAGGCUCUGGGACUCACGCUCUGCAGUUUCAUCAGUGCUCUGGGUGUAGACAUCAUUGCUCAGGUAGAGGCAAAGGAUUUUGGUGCUGAGAGCAAAGUUGCUGUUGAUGAUCUAUGCAAGAAAGCUGUAGAGCACAACAUUCAGAUUGGGAAGUUUUCUCAGUUGGUCAUGAACAGGGCAACUGUGUUAGCGAGUUCCUAUGACACUGCCUGGAAGAAGCAUGACUUGGUGCGCCGACUGGAAACCAGUAUCUCCUCAUGUAAGACAAGCCUGCAACGUGUUCAACUGCAUAUUGCCAUGUUUCAGUGGCAGCAUGAAGAUCUGCUCAUCAAUAGACCACAAGCCAUGUCUGUCACACCUCCUCCUCGGUCUGCCAUCCUGACCAGCAUGAAAAAAAAGCUACACACUUUGAGCCAGAUUGAGACUUCCAUCGGCACAGUCCAGGAGAAACUAGCAGCUCUUGAAGCAAGUAUUGAACAGCGACUUAAGUGGGCAGGUGGUGCCAACCCUGCGUUGGCACCUGUAUUACAAGAUUUCGAAGCAACAAUAGCUGAAAGAAGAAAUCUGGUCCUUAAAGAGAGCCAAAGAGCCAGUCAGGUCACUUUCUUGUGCAGCAAUAUCAUUCAUUUUGAAAGUUUACGAACCAGAACUGCAGAAGCCUUAAACCUGGAUGCUGCAUUAUUUGAACUAAUCAAACGGUGUCAGCAAAUGUGUUCAUUUGCAUCACAGUUUAACAGUUCUGUCUCUGAAUUAGAGCUUCGAUUGUUACAAAGAGUGGACACCAGCCUUGAACAUCCCAUUGGCAGCUCAGAAUGGCUUUUGUCAGCACAUAAACAGUUGACCCAGGAUAUGUCUACUCAGAGGACCAUACAGACUGAGAAAGAACAGCAGAUAGAAACAGUCUGUGAAACAAUCCAGAAUCUGGUGGAUAGUAUAAAGACUGUGCUCACAGGUCAUAACCGGCAGCUUGGGGACGUCAAACAUCUCCUCAAAGCUAUGGCGAAGGAUGAAGAAGCUGCUUUGGCAGAUGGUGAAGAUGUCCCCUAUGAAAACAGUGUUAGGCAGUUUCUGGGCGAAUAUAAAUCAUGGCAAGACAACAUUCAGACGGUGCUAUUCACAUUAGUCCAAGCGAUGGGUCAGGUGCGAAGUCAGGAACAUGUUGAAAUGCUUCAGGAAAUAACUCCCACCCUCAAAGAACUGAAAAUACAAAGUCAGAGCAUCUAUAAUAACUUGGUGAGUUUCGCAUCACCCUUAGUCACUGAUGCAACAAAUGAAUGUUCGAGUCCAACAUCAUCUGCUCCCUAUCAGCCAUCCUUUGCUGCAGCAGUCCGGAGCAACACUGGCCAGAAGACUCAGCCUGAAGUCAUGUCACAGAAUGCAAAAAAGCUGAUUCAGAAAAACCUUGCUACAUCAGCAGAUACUCCACCAAGCAUCGUUCCGGGGACUGGCAAGAGUGUUGCUUGUAGCCCUAAAAAGGCUGUCAGGGACCCUAAAACUGGGAAAGCUGUGCAAGAAAGAAACUCCUAUGCAGUCAGUGUGUGGAAGAGAGUAAAAGCCAAGUUAGAGGGCCGAGACGUUGAUCCUAAUAGGAGGAUGUCAGUUGCUGAACAGGUUGACUAUGUCAUUAAGGAAGCAACUAAUGUAGAUAACUUGGCUCAGCUGUAUGAAGGUUGGACAGCCUGGGUGUGAAGGGCAAGGCAGUAGAUGAGUCUGGUUAAGCGAGGUCAGACAUCCACCAGAAUCAACUCAGCUGCAGGCAUCCAAGCCACACCACAGUCGGUGGUGCUGCAACCGGGGCCUUACUCUGAGGAAUCCUAGGCAAUCUCGGUGCGCUGGGAAGUGAGUCCUGCAGGACAGCUGCACUCAGGGAUACGCCCAACACCAUGGCCUGCACCCCAGGGUCAAGGGUGACGGAAAGCGAGCUCACCGCCUGAACACGGAGAUUGUCUUUCUGCCGCCACAGAACAGCUGCACAUGUGCCGGGAGGUUAGCUGCAGAGAGCAAGGGGAAUGCUGCGGAGCACAGUGAUUCGGAACUCCAUUCCACCUGACCCUGUGUGCACGCCAGGAAACACCCCGCUCAGAACAGAGAAACUGGGGCUGCGAGGAAAUCAUAGCCAAGGAAGAUUUGAUGUGUUAAGAUUCUCGUGGAACACUUUGUUGCUUGGCAACGAUACUGGUUGGGUUGACCAGUAAGUAAAAAAAAAAAAAGCUAUUCGAUAGGAAUUUCAGAAAUGGACUGAACAUGGAGAGUUAUGUAACAGACAC